AUGUCUGACGAUGGCUAUGGCGGCGGCGGUGGCGGCGGCGAUGACUACGACUACGAUGCCCCGGGAUUCAAUGAGGAUGCAUUCGACGAGAACUAUGACCUCAAUGCGCCAGAAGGUGCUGAUGGCGAGGCAGGCGAAGGCAACGGACAGGCGAACGGCUUUGAAGGCGCAAAUGGUACAGGCCAAGAUCAAGACCAGGAGAUGGCAAACGGCGAAGCACAAUCGCUAGAUGCUGGUACGUCUGGCGCCGGAAUGCGGGGAGAACGACAACCGAACAAAGUGAGGGUGACGACGCCAUACCUGACAAAAUACGAGCGCGCACGGGUAUUGGGGACUAGAGCAUUACAAAUUAGUAUGAACGCCCCCGUCCUAGUACCACUCGACGGGGAGACCGACGCGCUUCAAAUCGCAAUAAAAGAACUUUCACAGCGCAAGAUCCCUCUCAUCAUCCGACGGUACCUACCAGAUGGUAGUUUUGAAGACUGGAGUGUAUCCGAGCUCAUUACAGAUUGA